GUGCCCUCCAUCACAGCCUCCUGGGAGGUCCCCAUUAUCGCGGUUACCAGGAAACAGUGGCAUUCCACGGGCACAUUCCACAGCCUCCGGGGCUGCCRGGAGGGCCCUGCACCUCCAGCCAUGGCCUAGGGCAGUCCCUSGGGCCAUUCCCAGCAUCACGGGGCCAUUCCCAGUGCCAGGAUGCCAUCCCUGCCGCAGGACGGAGUUGGGGGGGGGUUCCCCACCGUGAUGGGCCCCCCCUCCGAGCUCAGGGGCUUUUAUGUCACCACCUACGAGGCGGCCUAUGGGCAGAGGCCCUCGGGGUCACCCCGAAAGUACGAGGUGGGGCGCGUUAUGGGGGUUGAGCCCCCGAGUGAGAGCAGCGUGCGGCCCCUGCAUGGCAACCCCACCGGCUCUGGAUAYGUCGUCAACAACUUCUCAGAACUCUCAUCCUUCAUCUUCCCCCACCUGGAGCGCCAGGACACCGAUGUGUCCACCACCGCUGAGGACUUCAGGGUGUUCGGGCGCCCCAUUUUCCAAAGGAUCCUGCCCCAGAGCAUCGAUGAGCAGGACUCUCGGUAUCCCACAGAYUUCUCCCUUUCCCGCCUCCGUUUCGAGGAGAUGAGACCUCCGAAAACAUCYGAGGAAUACAGCACCGAGUGCCAGUGUGCUUGUGCUGCCCAGCCAGAUGCCCCACAGAGGACGAUGGAGCUGUCGGGUUUCACCGGGACCGCCCCGAGGAGUGACCUCGCCCUGCCAGAGCAGCCUCUCGACACCAACGGUGACCGGAUGGAUUUCCUUCCCUCCACAUGCAGCGCUCCCCAGCCUGCCAUGGGCUGCCCCGCUGCCUUUGCCCCUCCGGAGCUCCGAGUGGGACCCAAGGGAGUCACUGCUGAGAAGGAGCCGCUGACCUUCGCCGCAAUCCAGAACCAGUACUUGACCGAACUCUCACCAAUGGCCCCGAUAGAGCCAGGUGAGUUUGGGGGGGAUUGCAGCCCYCAGGAGGAGUGGACACCCCCCUCAGCAACCCCUCCUGGAUUUUCCAGGCUGGUGGACACAGGAYCCGAUCACCUGGGCGCCAAGAUCCGUGGAGGGCGUCCAGCCGCCACGUCCCAGCGGCUUCAGCACCAACAACCAUCCCACCAGCCUGUGGCACACCAAUGACCGACUGAUGUAACUCCCUUCCAAAAAAUGCUGCCUCAUCCCAGGAGUCCCCAAAUCCCUGUGGGAGGAAUAAAGACCCUGCGUGCCAUGCCGUUGCUCUGCCCCCUCCUCUCCCCAUUUUGGCAUCCUAAAGGCUGGCAGGGUGAUUGGGAACGGUUGCCGGGUGUCGCCUGGCCAGCUGCCGCUGGAGGGCUGUAUGAGCCCAGCUUUCCAGCUUUCCGAGCCUGCUUUGGGAUGACACAGCUUAUUUGUGGCAGGAAAAUUCAGGCAGGGCUGUGGUGGGAAGCGGGAGGAUGAGGAGGUGGAGGAAGGACUCUGCAGGGAGGGCAGCCUUGGGGGAACUUUACCCUUGUCUUCUCUGGCCGUGGGACUGUGGAAGGGCACCAGGAAGGGUCUCAGGGAACUGGGGGAUCACGGAGGGAGACCCCACCGAUUUAGGGACCCCCAACCAUUUUAGGGAUCCCCAGCAAGCCCAGGGACUCCCACACCCAGUUUAAGGACCCCACACUGAGCUCAGGGUGGGGGCGCUGAUGCCAAACUGCUGCUAAAGGGGUUGGGAAUAAUGGGAUGCGAGGGG